AUGGCUACUUCACAAACUGCAACUAUCCCUCAGGCGAAGAGGAUGUUCGAUGGUGCUACUCAUAAACUAGAUGUGUGGUCUAUCUUCACCCCAGCAAACGUUCCUUCAGACGCUAUUAAUCUUGGUCAAGGGUUCAUGAACUGGUCACCACCCGAUUGGAUCACAAAAGCUCAUCACGAGAUCCUCGACGACAACGUUACUUCUCAUCAUUACUCUCACCCAAGAGGUCGACCAAGGCUCUUGAAAGCUAUCAGCGAUUUCUAUUCUCCUCAAUUCGAUAAUUUGGAAGGCAGGAAACUGACCAAUGAGGAAAUCGUCGUUACCGCUGGUGCUAACGGAGGCAUGUUCGCUGCCCUUACAGCUCAUUGUGAACCGGGAGAAGAAGUAAUAUGUAUCGAACCAUACUUUGAUCAAUAUUACGCAUCAAUCCAUUUCCAAGGUGCUAAGCCAGUGUUCGUUCCAUUACAUCCACCAACAGGAGAAGGUAUAAAAGAUGGUUCAGAAUGGACUUUAAACAUCGAUGAAUUCAGAGCUGCUUUUUCACCUAAGACAAAAGCUGUUAUAAUCAACACACCUCAUAAUCCAGUUGGAAAAGUAUUCACACGAGAAGAAUUAACUCAGAUCGCUCAAGUUUGCAUUGAGAAAAACGUCUUGGUGAUAGCAGAUGAAGUUUACGAUUGUAUGGUCUACGACGGAAAAACACAUACUAGAAUAGCUACUUUACCUGGGAUGUGGGAAAGAACUUUGACUGUUGGAUCGGGUGGUAAAUCUUUCGCUUGUACUGGUUGGAGAAUUGGAUGGCUUAUCGGUCCCCCCCAACUUACAUCCGCUACACUAGCUGCUCAUUCUCGAAUUGUGUUCUGUACUAAUUCACCCAUGCAAGAAGCCGUCGCUAUCGGACUGGAACAAGCCAAAGAAAGACAUUUCUUCGAAGAUCAAUUAGAAGCCUAUGCCGAAAGAAGAGAUAUCUUGACUACUUACUUCGAUCAAAUCGGUUUACCGUACACGAAACCCGAAGGAUCUUAUUUCUUACUGGUAGAUAUAAGUAAGGUCAAAGUACCGGAUGAUUUCCAAAUUCCCGAAUCUUGUAAAGGUAGAGGAAAAGAUUUCAAAUUCUGUUGGUGGAUUGCCCAGGAAUUAAAGGUUGUUGGAAUUCCUCCAUCAGAGUUCUACUGUGACGAACAUGUAGAGAUUGGAGAACGAUUCGCUCGAUUUGCUUUCUGCAAAGACCCUGAGUUACUUCAUGCUGCAGGAAAGCGACUCCUUCGAUUGAAAGACUACUUGUAG